GCCCCGGUAAUACGAGACUUUCACUCUGAGCCCGUCCCAGAUGUUUGUGUGCCUCGGCCAUCAACGACCACAGCUGCGGCGGCGUCGACGUAUGGGGGAUACAACGCCCCAACCAGCGCCAACCCUGCACCCCAUUCGGAAGGGCCGGGGUUCCAUCCAAGUUACUUUACGCUACAAUGAAGAAAGGGAGAGAUGUCGAGUUAAUGCAGCGGCGGCAGCGGCAGCAGUAGCAGCAGUUGUCCUGCCGAAUCUUGGGCGUGGGCAAUACGUAGUACUAGGCUAGAACAUCGUUUACUCAAGGCUAGGGACAGACAGGCUUGACGUCAUGCUGCCAACUGCAACAUGAUGUUGAUUGUGGUAGCAAGGGUAAGAGGGGACAAGCACCAAUGCUCAGUUGGAGGUCAAUACCGGCGUCGAGGCAAGGGUUUCUGGAUACUGGUGGUGACAAGGCCAGGUGGACGCGAGCGCGGCCAAAGCUCGUUGGUACCCAGAAUUUAAAGACUGGGGAUUCUAGCUGCAAGGCUCACAUUGAGGCUAGCUAGAUACGUAUAAGUAGAUGAAAAUGGAAGUCUCGAUACGAGCGAAUGGUGAAUCUGGCACUGGGGGACAUGGGUAUUAGCGAAAAUGGAUGCCCUUUCAGGAAGGACCAGGCUUCCUGCCCGUUUGGGCCAAG